UUUGUUGUUGCAAAAUAAUAGAGAUGGUACGGUGAGAGUAGCGGCCGGCGGCCAUUAAGUCCCCCUCCUGCAACUUCCACGAAAGAACACCGCACCACCCUCUCUUCCCGUGUACGCUGCGGCCACGUAUUUGACAGCAAGAAACUAGCUAUACAUACAUUCACAUCUAUCAGCGCCAUUUAUAUUGGAUCUCCAUCUCCCAUCCUCCAUAUCUCAUCAUCUUUAUUUCCUUCUCCAAUUCUUGACAUAUUUUUGUUGGAUACAUUAAGUUUCUCAGAGUCAUUGGAAGGGGUAAAUUGCGAGGUUCUGAUCUUGAGAUAUUUCAUAAGCGAUAUGAUGGCGGGAGUGGGGUGCGGCGAGGUGGUAGUGUUUGAGGACCUGUUUCCGGCGAUGGUGGAGAGUCUGGGGACGGAGGGGUUCAUGAAGGAGCUCUGCGACGGGUUCCGGCUGCUGGCGGAGGAGGAGAAGGGCGUUAUCACGUUCGAGAGCUUGAAGAAGAAGUCGUCGGCGAUUCUGGGACUUCCGAUGAGCGACGAGGAGGUGCGGUGCAUGUUGAAGGAAGGGGACAUGGACGGCGAUGGGUGUUUGAAUAAGAUGGAGUUUUGUGUUCUCAUGUUUAGGUUGAGUCCAGAUUUGAUGAACAAAUCAAGAUUGUGGCUAAUUGCAGCAGAUCGAUCAUCACCUCCAUCUACACUUUAACAUUUAAUCAUUUAAUUUGUGUUUUUAAUUUGAUUCUCCAUCAACUAUACAUUAUCUUGUAACAUGCAUAUAUGAUUCUUUGUGUUCCAUUCAAUCUCUUCAGUUAUGUU